GUGAUUAGUUCCAGGGUUUUCUGCCAUGUUGACACAAGCUGCUCUCAGGCUUGUUAGGGGGUCCCUGCGCCAAACCGCCUGGGCACAGUGGGGGCAGAGGGAGCCACGAUUUUGUCAACUUGCCCCUUUCACGAGUCACAAGGACAAGACACUUUCUGAUAAAAGGAGUGAGCUGAAGAGACGUUUGAAAGCUGAGAAGAAAGUGGCAGAGAAGGAGGCCAGGCAGAAAGAGCUCAGUGAGAAACAACAGGUCCAGGCCACAGCUGCUGCCACCAACCAUACCACUGACAAUGGUGUGAGUGCCGAGGAGGAGACCUUGGACCCCAACCAAUACUACAAGAUCCGCAGCCAAGCAGUUCAGCAACUAAAGGUCAGCGGAGAAGACCCCUACCCACACAAGUUUCACGUGGAUGUUUCGCUUACUCAUUUUAUCAAUGAGUACAACCACCUGCAGCCUGGAGAUCACCUGACAGAUGUCACCUUGAAGGUAGCAGGUAGAAUCCAUGCCAAACGAGCAUCCGGGGGGAAGCUCAUCUUCUAUGACCUUCGAGGGGAAGGGGUCAAGUUGCAAGUCAUGGCCAAUUCCAGGAAUUAUAAAUCAGAGGAAGAAUUUGUUCGUAUCAAUAACAAGCUUCGUCGGGGAGACAUCAUCGGCGUGGAGGGGAAUCCUGGAAAAACCAAGAAGGGCGAGCUGAGCAUCAUCCCACACGAGAUCACCCUACUAUCUCCAUGCCUGCACAUGUUGCCACAUCUUCACUUUGGCCUCAAAGAUAAGGAAACCCGCUAUCGCCAGAGGUACUUGGAUCUCAUCCUGAAUGACUUCGUGAGGCAGAAGUUCAUCAUCCGUGCCAAGAUCAUCACAUAUAUACGAAGUUUCCUGGACGAAUUGGGCUUCCUUGAGAUUGAAACGCCCAUGAUGAACAUCAUCCCAGGAGGAGCUGUGGCCAGGCCUUUCAUCACCUAUCACAAUGAGCUGGACAUGAAUUUAUACAUGAGAAUUGCUCCAGAACUCUACCAUAAGAUGCUGGUGGUUGGUGGCAUUGACCGGGUUUAUGAAAUCGGACGUCAAUUCCGAAACGAAGGGAUCGACUUGACACACAAUCCUGAGUUCACCACCUGUGAAUUCUACAUGGCCUAUGCUGACUAUCACGACCUCAUGGAGAUCACAGAGAAGAUGGUUUCAGGGAUGGUGAAGCAUAUAACGGGCAGUUACAAGGUCAUCUACCAUCCAGAUGGCCCAGAGGGCCAAGCUUGUGAGAUUGACUUCACCCCACCCUUCCGGAGAAUCAGCAUGGUGGAGGAGUUGGAGAAGACCCUGGGCAUGAAGCUGCCUGAGACCAGGCUUUUUGACACUGAAGAGACACGCAAGAUUCUGGAUGACAUCUGUGUGGCAAAAGCUGUAGAGUGUCCUGCACCUCGAACCACAGCCAGGCUUCUUGAUAAGCUCGUGGGGGAGUUCCUGGAAGUGACAUGCAUCAACCCUACUUUCAUCUGUGACCACCCGCAGAUAAUGAGUCCUUUGGCCAAAUGGCAUCGUUCCAAAGAAGGCCUAACGGAGCGCUUUGAGCUAUUCGUCAUGAAGAAGGAGAUCUGCAAUGCCUACACAGAGCUGAACGACCCCAUGCGGCAACGGCAGCUCUUUGAAGAACAGGCUAAGGCCAAGGCCGCUGGUGAUGAUGAGGCCAUGUUCAUAGAUGAAAACUUCUGCACAGCCCUGGAGUACGGCCUGCCUCCCACUGCCGGCUGGGGCAUGGGCAUUGACCGUGUCACCAUGUUUCUCACGGACUCCAACAACAUCAAGGAAGUACUUCUGUUUCCUGCCAUGAAACCAGAAGACAAAAAGGAAAACGUGGCGACCUCUGAGACAGUGGAAAACACAGCAGCUGGCACUUCUGUCUAGAAAAUAAAAAUGAUAGGUUAUUUAACUCAGGCAUUGUUGCAUUUCUGCAAGAGAUCAAUCAAGGACUCCCAUGACAUUCUUGGGUGCCAUGUGCAGCUCAGUUUCUCCGGGGAGAAAAGAGGGAAUCAGGCUUUCUUUUGCCUCUUUGUUACCAAAUAAACCAUUUGUCUCUA